GAUGAAUUCUAUUAGUAUGUUAAUGGAUGAGGAGUCUUUUGAUAGUUUUAACUAGAGUUAAGAUCCUAUAUCAACCAAGGAGGAAGAGGUAGACAAAAAUCAAAAUAAUUUUUAGAGAAAUGCAUCCAAUUGGACGGCUAAUGUUAACCUGGAGAUUAUGACUGAUUAAAAUUUUGUACAAAAUUUUGUACCUCCUCAUCAAAUGCAGUUGCAGUUGAAGAAAGUCAAUUGCCAAAUUAAAAAUAGCAAGGACACCUAUGAGCCUGAAGUUAUCCGGAAUUCUGAAGAAGAGCAUCAUUUACAAUCUUAGUAAUAACUCAAUUAAUAAUAAAACCUAUAGGUAAAUAUCAUUUAAGUUCAUAAUCAUAACAAUUAUAAUGAUAAUAGUUCAGAUAAUUCAGACGAAUAACCUGAUUCUGAAGGGACAAGAAGUAGCAAUUAACAAAUGAAAAACAUUUUACGUCAGCAGGGGUUUAUUGACUGA